UCGUCCAAUCAUGAUGUCCAGCCAUUGUGAUAUCACCGUUAUAAAUGAUGUGAGUGACACAGAGACACACAGUCACAGAUCAACUUAAACACGGAGACAAACAUGAAGAGCCUGACGCUCCUGAUCUUCUGCUGCAUGAUGGCUGCGUGUCUGAGCGCAGGUAUUCCUGAUUCCUCAGACACUAAAUUAGUGAGUCCUGCAGAAGCUCCCAGUGAUGAUGGAGUGUUUGUGAAGCGUGACGAGGCCUCAACGCUGGUGAGACAGAAGAGAGCUGGAGCGGUGACUGCUGCAGACCUGAGUCUGACCCAGCUGGAGAGUCUCAGGGAAGUGUGUGAAGCAAACCUGGCCUGCGAGGACAUGAUGGACACGUCCGGCAUCAUCGCGGCCUACACUGCGUACUACGGGCCCAUUCCCUACUAGAGACCCACCGCAACAACACUGUCCCACAUCACAGCGCAUGAUGAGCAUCUGUCAAAAACCAUAAAAAAACAUAACCAGAGGAGACAUGCAAGAUAAUAAUAAAGAAAGAAAGAAAACAUUA